ACCUAAUAAGAAGCUAACAUCUGCAGGGAGGAGCUGGAUGGGAAAGGCAACGCUGGCAGUCUUUGCUGACUCCGAUUCCAGCAACAUGAACGAGUCAUUUGCUCACCUCCACUUUGCAGGAGGCUACCUGCCAUCUGACUCCAAGGGCUGGAGGACCAUCAUUCCAUCUCUCUUGGCGGCUGUGUGCCUGGUGGGCUUCGUUGGAAACCUAUGUGUGAUUGGCCUUCUCCUUCAUGGCGUUUGGAAAAGAAAGCCAUCCAUGAUCCACUCCCUGAUUCUCAAUCUCAGCCUGGCUGACAUCUCUCUCCUGCUCUUUUCCGCACCUGUCCGAGCUACGGCAUACGUCAAAGGUGUUUGGGAUCUAGGCUGGUUUGUCUGCAAGUCCUCUGACUGGUUCACCCACAUGUGCAUGGCAGCCAAGAGCUUGACAUUUGUUGUAGUAGCCAAGGUGUGCUUCAUGUACGCAAGUGACCCAGCCAAGCCAGUGGGUACCCACAACUGCACCAUCUGGUCACUGCUGGGAGCCAUCUGGGUGGUAGCCAGCCUACUUCCCCUGCCAGAAUGGUUCUUUAGCACCACCAGACAUCACGCAGGUGUGGAAAUGUGCCUCGUGGAUGUGCCAGCUGUAGCAGCAGAAUUCAUGUCACUGUUCGGUAAGCUCUACCCUCUGCUGGUGUUUUGCCUUCCUUUACUUCUGGCUGGCUUUUAUUUCUGGCGAGCUUAUAACCAAUGCAAAAUACGCUGUGCGAAAACUCAAAAUCUUAGAAACCAGAUGCGUUCAAAGCAACUCACGGUGAUGCUGCUGAGUACUGCCGUCACCUCUGCUCUUCUGUGGCUCCCCGAAUGGAUAGCUUGGCUGUGGGUUUGGCAUCUGAAGGCUGGAGGUCCAAUGCCACCGCAGGGUUUUAUAGCCCUGUCUCAAGUCCUGAUGUUUUCCAUCUCCACAGUGAAUCCUCUCAUAUUUCUAAUGAUGUCCGAAGAGUUCAAGGGAGGCUUGAAAGGCAUAUGGAAAUGGAUGAUAACCAGAAAGCCUGUAGUUACCUCAGAGGUUCAGGAGGUACCAGCUGGAAACAUUGAGACCCUUCCUGGUAAGGCUCCAUCUCCAGAGACCCAAACAUGCAUUCCAGACACAGACAGAUGUGGCUCUCCUGACUCCAGCAAAGAGACAACUGACAAGGUGAUGGUUCCCAUCCUCCCUGAUGUUGAGCAGUUUUGGCACGAGAGGGAUGUUGUCCCUUCGGCACAAGACAAUGACCCUAUACCCUGGGAACAUGAAGGCCAAGAGACAAAGGGCUGCAAUUAGCAGACUUACGUUUCAAAGAAAAAAAUUGUUUUUACUGUAUUUACUUGUACUGCUGGUUAGCAAUAUUGGUGACGUAAAUUGCCAUUAGAUAUUGCAAUAUUUCUUUACUUUCAAACUAUAAAAUCUGGUAAGUAGAAUGGAAUGUAGUAAUUAUGCUUCAGAAUUAAUCUCUGUCUUAAAGAAAUCACUUUUAGUGUUAUGUAAAGCUAACUAUUUCAAAGUGAUUAUAGGGCUCACAGUGACUUUCCCCCCAGGGUAUCUCCUAGACACAGCCCUGUGAUGCACUGGCUGGAAUAGUUUAUCAGACUGAGCCCAAGUACUCUGCUUCUUCCUGAAACUGCUACUCUCAAUGUCCCAACAAGUUAUAUUUCACCUAAUAUACAUCUCCUUUGGUUUUUGAAAACUGUAAACUUCACUUGUAAGGUCUCUUCACUUGCUUAAUAAAUGUUAAUUUACUUGA